UACCCUUCCUCUCUCAUCUCACUGCACUCUGAUCUCAACAUGGCAUUCUCUGAAGCAGAAGUGCAGAGGGCUCGUGGGGCCUGGGAGAAGAUGUAUGCCAAUGCUGAAGACAAUGGGACAACUGUGCUGGUCAGAAUGUUUACAGAACAUCCAGACACCAAGUCCUACUUCACCCACUUUAAAGGGAUGGGUACAGCCGAAGAGAUGGAACAGUCAGAUCAGGUCAGGAGUCAUGGCAAGAGGGUCCUCACCACCAUCAAUGACUUGGUCCAACACCUCGACAGCACUGAUGCUUUCCUUGGGAUUGUGAACCCACUUGGCAAGAAACAUGCCAUGCAGCUCAAGGUUGACCCCAAGAACUUUAGGAUAAUCUGUGACAUUAUCUUGCAACUGAUGGAGGAGAAAUAUGGUGGAGACUGCAAGGCUUCCUUUGAGAAGGUGACCAACGAAAUCUGCACUCGCCUGAACAAUGCCUACAAAGAAGCUGGCUGGUGAGGAAGUGCCAUCUCUGGGCUCCUAAAACCUCUCACCAGCACCAAGACCCAGCACUGAAUCACUGACUUUGAAUUUCCAGCCACAGUUGAAAGUGAAGAAGAAACAAGAAAAGCUAACAACAUGAAUAUAGGAACGUAAAUAUAUAUAUAGGAAAAUAAAAACAUAUAUAUCAAAGGCAACCAACAAAUCUUAAUGCACUUUGCACCUAGAGAUGCCCCAGUUUAAUUCUUCUGUCAAUAUGUAUGUAAGUUAGCAAUAAUCUUGAAAGCCCAUGUAAUACAUUUUAAGGUAGCUACUUCUGGGUGGAAGACUUAUCACUUCACCUGCUACUAGAAUAGAAAGGAACCAACUUCCCUAUCAACUUCCAUCUUUCCAUCCCUUGAGUGAUGGAGCAGUAUUCCCUUUCAGAGCAUCUCAUCCUCUGGUCAGCAACCUGAAGGGGUCAUUUUUGGAGUGACAUGAGAGGUGCUUCUUUCUCCAACUGCCCUGCUUGUGAAAUACUGAGUGGAAGGCUCCAGGUGUGAGAGCAAUUAACUACCGAGAAACCAUGAGGGAAGUCACCAGAUUGUAGGGUGACCAGACAGCAAAUAUGAAAAAUCAGGACUGGGGAUGGGGAGUAAUAGGAACCUAUAUAAGAAAAAGACCCAAAAAUCGGGACUGUCCCUAUAAAAUCGGGACAUCUGGUCACCCUACCAGAUUGGCAUGUGCAAGGAUGGUGAGAUUUCCAGAAGUAUGAGGUGAUAGUCAUCAUCAGGCCAAACAAGGCCACUCACCCCUUCACGGUGGUAAACGAAGGCAGACCUCAAACCAAGUACAGGCCUUAGCAGCAGAGUUUAACACUUAAUCUGUCCACUAGAGGGCAGUGGUAUCACAUGUAAACAGUGCCUUAAAAUUAAUCCAGUUCAGUCUUUCUUUUGUCAGCUGAGUGAGGCCUGGCAGGUUUGACUUUGGUGUAAAUUCCCCCCUAGUCCUUCCCCUCUUCCUUGUCAGCGUUCCUGUUCCAUCACGAUGCCUCAGCCUCUCUUCAGCAGUAAAUGACCCAGUAUCUGCUUGAUUGUUUCUCCUUGUACUUAAAGGAAGUGGUGAAAUCAUUAGUUACUAUAUUU